AUGCGCGGGUGGUGUGCGGCGGGUGCGGGCGGUCGGUGGCGAGCGCGGUGCGCCGCCGUGCUGCUCGCGUGGUGCGCGCUCGCCGCGCUCAUGCUUGCCCCGCGGCUGCAGACGCCGGCUACUGGGAGCAGACCCGCGCGACCUGCACGCCUCCUGCUGCAGAGCGAGCCCACCGCCUCCACGUCCGCUCCUCCAUCCUCCCUUGCCCCCGCUCUCCCGGCUACCGACACGCGAGUUCUCACAGAAGAAGAGCUGCGUGCCGAUGCGGAGCGCCGACUGCCGUCGCUACCGCUUUCCUAUUGGCACAAGCACAAGGACGACAAGAACAAAUUCUACAAGAAAAAGGACUGUGCGCCCUUCCCCUCUAUAUACGACAUCGAGUUCCAUAACACUUAUUGGCAGACUUUGCGCGCAAAGGGUGAGGUAUUCCAUCUGUAUGGCGCGUACAUGGAUGCCCGAAAUGCCUCACGAAUCGGACCCGCCGUGCGCGUCCUAGCUGUUCACGAUCGCAUUAAACCGACGCUCGCCACGCACUGCCAGCUCUGGUUCGAGGAGCGCGAGGCGCCCGUGGUGGUGAGAAACCUCGAGUACAAGUAUGUGUGGAAUAGUAAAUGGGGCAAUUACCGUGACGGCGUGCUGCAGCCUUACCUGAUGGCCUGCGUGCUUCCCGCUGACGUGCGUCACCUCGUACCGGCCUCCGUUUCACUAGUGGCCAACCCCUGCGACCGUGCAACUAACAAUUUGCGCGUACACAACGACCGACCUCCAACGCCGGCUGAACGUAAAGAUUUUGCAGUCUGCGUGAAAGGGCUGGAUUUCUUACAUGAGGAUCUCUCGGUCAGGCUCGUUGAGUGGAUAGAGAUGGUGCGCCUGCUCGGUGCGCACAAGAUUUUCUUCUACGAGCUCCAGGUUCACCCAAACAUCACAAAAGUUUUGGAUUACUAUCAGGAUCUCGGCGUCGUGGAAGUGACGCCUAUAACUCUGCCUGGUGGACAACCUAACUUGCCAGGCUUGCAGCACAUGUAUCUCAAAAAGAAAACGACACAUAAACGACAGAUGGAGCUGAUACCGUACAACGACUGCUUGUACCGCCAUAUGUACCAAUACCGCUGGUUGGCACUGCUUGACAUUGACGAAGUGAUAGUGCCGCUGGAAGACGGCGACUGGGGAGCGUUAAUGCGGCGUAUUCUACCAUUGUCAACACCCGCUUCGGGAAAGCCGCCACGCACUUCAUACCAUGCAUCUAACCUAUAUUUCCUUGAUUCAUUGCAACAUGAACACGCUUGGGAAGAGGGUGUUCCGCGUUACCUGCACAUGCUACAGCACGUGUACCGCACUCGCAACUUUACCAAACCGGGCCAGUACGUCAAAGCGUUUCACGAGACGGACCGCGUGCUGGCACUGCACAAUCACUUUCCUUUGGCUUGCCUUGGAGGUGCCUGCAGCUCAUAUGCGCUAGAGACGCGACACGCGCGUCUGCAGCACUACCGCGCCGACUGCGUCACGGCGCUUAGUAAGACGUGUGCCGAUUUGCGUGCACAGCCAGUGCGGGAUACAGCCCUGUGGCGUUGGCGGGAGCCGCUAGCUGCCAGUGCAACUGCGGCGCUUUCUGCAUUAGGAUUCCUGCCUCCCAAUCGGUGA